UUCCGGGAACAAUUGGCGAUGGCGUCCAAUAGUAAUGCUGGACCAGGGCCUGGGCCCGGUGGACCACCUAAUCCAAUGAUGAGGCCUCCCUUUGGUAUGCCACCAGGGUUUAUACCGCCUCCAAUGGGAGGACCAGAGAUGAACAAUCCACCAAUGAUACCACCAGGUAUACCACCAGGAGGUUUUCCUCCUGCUGGAUCGAUCCCCCCACCCAGAUUUCCUCCCAAUAUGCCUCCAAUGUCCGGCGGAAUGCCUCCCAUGUUCCCACCAGGACCAAAUCCCCAGAUUUCCAAUCUGGCACAGUCAGGUUCUGCCUCUAACUCACCGGUCCUUGCAGAUGGUAAAACAGACAAGAAGCCACUAUGGACAGAACACAAGGCACCUGAUGGUAGGACCUACUACUACAACAACAUAACCAAACAGUCAAGCUGGGAGAAGCCGGACGACAUGAAAUCCAAGGCUGAGUUACAACUGUCGCAGUGUCCCUGGAAGGAGUAUAAAUCUGACACAGGCAAGGUCUACUACCAUAAUGCCCUUACUAAAGAGUCGAAGUGGACCAAGCCCAAGGACCUGGAGGAACUGGAAGAAAUUGUUAAAGGUGAAGCGAAGAAAAAGACAGCUGUUGACACCCCUAGAACAGCGACUCCCCCUGUAUCGGCUGUUCCACCUACUGGGAUAACUCUACCAGCACAGCCGUCCAAGCCUUCCUCAGCUAUCCAAGCCGCUAUGGAGGCCACACUGGCCUCUAUAGAGCUGCCACCACCCUCGGGUGGGGCUGUAGUAGUACCAACACAGGACAAGGUGGACAAGAUCGACAGCGAAGACGAGAGUGAGGAUGAAAAACCACCCAAAAAAGAAGUGGUACCCAUGGUCUUCAAAAGCAGGAAGGAGGCUAUGGAGGCCUUCAAGGCCCUACUCAGGGAAAAGUCUGUGUCUUCGACUGCCACAUGGGAACAGGCCAUGAAGGUCAUUGUCAAUGAUCCACGUUACGGGGCUCUCAAGCAGCUCAACGAACGUAAACAGGCCUUCAACGAGUACAAAACACAGAGAGUCAAGGAAGAAAAGGAAGAACAGCGUUUGCGAGCUAAACAAGCCAAAGAAGACCUGGAACAGUUUCUGUUGAAUAGUGACAAAAUGAAUUCAAGCAUCAAAUACUGGAAGGCCGACGACAUGUUUGGUGGCGAGGAGGUUUGGAAGGUUGUACAUGAUCGGGACCGUCGCGAGCUGUUUGAUGAUGUGACUCACAUGUUGGCUAAAAAGGAAAAGGAAGAAUCCAAAGCUCUACGUAAGCGAAACACGAAGGUAUUUGCCGAGAUCCUGGACAGCAUGCCAAGUUUGACGAACUCUACCACCUGGUCAGAGGCCCAGCAAAUGUUACUGGACAACCCACGCUUCACAGACGACCCAGACCUACACAAUAUGGACAAGGAGGAUGCCCUGGUGUGUUUUGAGGACCACAUCCGUAUGCUGGAGCAGGAAUUUGAUGAUGAGAAAGAAAGAGAAAGGAGACGGAUUAAACGCCAACAACGUAAAAACAGAGAGGGAUUUCUGGUCCUGUUAGACGAACUCCACGAACAAGCCAAGCUUAACUCCAUGUCUUUGUGGAUGGACUUGUACCCAGUCAUCAGCCAGGACGUCCGUUUUACCAACAUGCUUGGACAGCCAGGAUCAACACCGCUAGACCUUUUCAAAUUCUAUGUUGAAGAUCUCAAAGCCAGGUUCCAUGACGAGAAGAAGGUUGUUAAGGAGAUACUGCGGGAACGAGGAUUUCUGGUGGAGGUCUCAACGUCAUAUGAGGAUUUUGCUUCAGCCAUCAUCCUGGAUAAACGAUCUGGAGGAUUAGAUACAGGGAACAUCAAGUUGACCUAUAACAGUUUGAUAGAGAAGGCUGAAGCCAGAGAACGGGAGAGACUGAAGGAAGAGGCAAGAAAGUUACGAAAGCUGGAAGGAAAUUUCAAGACGAUGUUGAAGAAUUUGAAUCCACCCAUUGAAGUGGAACAUCGCUGGGAUGAGGUGCGGUCACGAAUUGAAAAAGAGGCAGCAUACGAAGCCAUCACUUUAGAGGCGGAGAGGAUUCGUUUGUAUAAGGAAUUCAUCAUCGUUCUGGAGGAAACAUGUUACCAUCAACACUCCAAAAAGAAAAAGUCUAAAAAACACAAAAAUAAACGCUCACGUUCGAGGUCGAAAUCUCCUAUCACGGAGUCGGACGAAGAACAGCAGUCUUCACGACACAAAUCAAAGAAGAAGAAAAAGUCGCGAUCAGUGUCAAGAUCGAGAUCACCAAGCUAUAUAUCAGAUUCAGACCAUGAUCGAGAUGAGCGAGAAAAGAGAAGGCACAAGAAGAAGUCAAAGAAGAAGAAGCACAUGUCUCGAUCUGAUUCAAGCGGCAGUGAAGCAGAACGUGAAGAUUACAAAUCCUCUAAGUCAAAGAAACGGAGAAAAGAUAGAUCUAGGAAACACAACUCCUCAGGUGCAUGUGCUGGGGACUACGACACAGAGAGCGAUGUCAGUGAGGGAGAGCUUGAAAAACGACGCAGGCUUCUGCUACAACAACUAGCCGCUGAUCAGUAGACUUGAUCUCCAGCCUUGGAACUGGCGUGUUUGUUGAGCCGACAUAAGUUUAUCAAGAAGAGACUUAGAAGAUGGGAACAGAUUGUGUGUGGAGCAAAGUUGUGUACUUUUAUGUGGUUGUCAUGGUUUUCUAUCGGGAAAGUGACAAAGAUAUUCGGACUCUGCCUUGUGAUUUGCCAUUAUUCUUCUGUUUGCAGUCAGUGGGAAGUGUUUGUUUAUUUGUAAUAUCAAUAUAAGGAUGUACAUAACAAAACACUAAUGCAUAGGAUGUGUUUUAACUUGACCACACGAAAAUUGAAAGUAUCGUCAAGGACCAAAAUACAUUAACAGAGAGAACAUUUCUAUUAUUUAUAACGAAGUUAUCAGAUGGGUAAGAUUUCCUAAAGCUUCAUUGAAUGAUAAAGUUGGUUUUACCUGACAUACCAUCUCUACUUGUGCAUGUUUGUUUAGAUGAAACAGAAUGAUUUCCCUUACAGAUUUAUCUACAGAUCUGGAUGUUCUUAGUAAGAACAGGUGUCCCAUUAACUGAUCGAUCGGAAGAUUUUUUUACAAAGUUAAGGAAUACCAAUAAGUAGGUACCACCAAACAUAAACAGGGGGAUUCCAUCCUCCUGGUAUGACCAUUAUCGAAGCCCAGACUUGAUAUUAUGUGAGGUUUAUUAUGGGUGAGGUCUUCAGAUAUCUCCUCAAACUUUAGUUAUCCCAUACUAAUGCUAAUCCUAUUGGAGAUCAUUACAUAAAAGUUUUUGAUAGCAGUACAGGAACAGGGUUAUUUGAACAUUUGUUUAAUUAGACAUCUGUUUCCAGGAACAACCUAUACUAAUAUUCUAAGAAUUUGUCGAAGAUACAGGAAAUUUAAGGGUUUUUUUGGUAGUUAUUAUAAUAUAUAGGCAGUGCUGACAAAAUACAAAAUCGUUGGGAGUUUCCUGUGCCAUUGUACGUUUUUGGAUAUUGUGAUCACUGAUGUACAUGUAUACAUCUUCAAGCUUUGGUGAUAGAUUCACACAUUUACAUGUUACUUUGCCAUCGGGGCGUGUAAUAUAAACAGAUUUUUAUUCUGAAUUCCUUACAUGUGUGAGGAUUGAGUUUCCUUUCAGUAAUAUUAGAUGUGAAACUAAUUAAAUAGAAGAAAGCAUUCCGUUAUUUUUAUAUGAAAUAACACUUUGUUAACGAUUUUUCAAACCAUUUCAUCAAUUAUAAUAUGACUAUGUCAUUGCCUCAUUAAAAUCAUUCAAACAGUGAA